CGCGCCUCAUGCCCCGGAGGGGCUGCACGUAUCCACGCUCCGCUCGCGACUUAUAUAAUCAUCCGCACGGUGAGUCCGCAGCCUCCGAGCCACCCCUCCCCUUCUACCCUCUCGUUCCCAUCGACCCCGCGAGCUCCGACCCACGCUAAUUCACAGCGCGACGCGCGAACACCCGCGGUACCGGUACCGACUUACUUAAAAUUCGCCUGAACCUUACGCUCCUUGCCAGCUGAGUGGUGACAUAAUCGAUGCAAACCGUUUAUUCACAAAGCGCCUUCUAAUUAAAUAGUAAUAAGCAGAAGCACAAACGCGACUUAGUGUAGUGGUAGUGAAGUGAUCGUCAAGAUUGAGGUGGUCGGGUGCGGUUGGGGCAGGCGAGCGCGCGUGCGUCCGCUGGGCGGCGGCCGGGCGGGCAUGUUGCCCACGCAGCGGUCGCAGUCCUGUAACGAGGAGGGCGCAUUUUUCGGCGCCCGCGCACUACGCCGGCCGCGAGGCAAAGGCAGCGGAAGUCCGCCCUGCUAGGGGUACGCCAUGUCGCUGCGCAGCCUGCAUCGGAGGUUGUCCUCCGCCAAUAACACAUGCGAGGAUGGUGGAGGCGGCGCGGCGACAGGCACGGGAGGGCGAACGGCGUCGCUGCGACUGGCGAACGGGCGAGUCGCGGCGCAGUCGGCGGAACAUCUACCGCACUCGCCCGACUGCGCCUCCGUGCGGAUAUCCAUGGACAACACAAACACAUGCUGCACGGAUUCCCUCGUCACCGCCUUAGAUGAUGAGACGCUGUUACUCGGCGACGCCGAUAUGUCGCUGAAACACGGCAGCGGCACCGGCAAGGUCCAUUUCGGUGGUCUGGACGAUGUGUCUUUAUACGGCACACCCGUGGAGCCAGCCCCCCCAACCUCGGACGCCAAACAGGGCUUCCUUCGGAAUCAGCUACAGGCCCUCUUUCAGCCCACCGACAACAAACUAGCCAUGAAACUCUUUGGCUCCAAGAAAGCGCUGAUGAAGGAGCGGAUCAGGCAGAAGGCGGCUGGCCAUUGGGUUAUACACCCCUGCAGUAGUUUCAGAUUUUACUGGGACCUCUGCAUGCUGCUGUUGCUGGUGGCCAACCUGAUCAUUCUGCCUGUUGCCAUUUCCUUCUUCAACGACGACCUCAGCACGCGGUGGAUAGCUUUCAAUUGUUUAUCCGACACUAUAUUCCUUAUAGAUAUCGUUGUUAAUUUUAGAACAGGAAUAAUGCAGCAAGACAAUGCAGAACAAGUGAUAUUAGAUCCCAAGUUAAUAGCGAAGCACUAUUUAAGGACGUGGUUCUUCCUGGACCUCAUCUCUAGUAUACCACUAGAUUAUAUAUUCUUGAUCUUCAAUCAGGUAAACGAUUUUAGUGAAAGCUUUCAAAUUCUUCACGCCGGCCGUGCCCUAAGGAUACUACGGUUAGCGAAACUUCUAUCUUUGGUGCGACUUCUUCGAUUGUCAAGACUGGUCCGAUAUGUAUCUCAAUGGGAGGAAGUCUAUAUCUUGCAGAAUCUACAAAAAAAGCGCACGGAACGCAGGGGACGGCUCAGCUCCGACGUUGCCAAAAAGAAGGGUGACACGAAAAGCAAUCUGAUAUUUAAGUUCCUCAACAUGGCAUCGGUAUUCAUGCGGAUAUUCAACCUGAUCUGCAUGAUGUUACUUAUCGGCCACUGGUCUGGCUGUCUACAAUUUCUUGUGCCUAUGCUCCAAGGAUUUCCACCUAACUCAUGGGUGGCAAUAAACGAAUUACAGGAGGCCUUUUGGCUAGAGCAAUACUCGUGGGCGUUGUUCAAAGCAAUGUCCCACAUGCUAUGCAUCGGGUAUGGCCGCUUUCCCCCCCAGUCCUUAACGGACAUGUGGCUGACGAUGCUCUCCAUGAUCUCUGGUGCUACCUGCUACGCCCUAUUUCUGGGUCACGCAACCAACCUCAUUCAAAGUCUUGACUCUUCGCGUAGACAAUAUCGAGAAAAGGUGAAACAAGUAGAAGAGUACAUGGCGUACCGCAAGUUGCCUCGGGAAAUGCGCCAGCGCAUCACUGAGUACUUCGAGCAUCGGUACCAAGGCAAGUUCUUUGAUGAGGAACUGAUUUUGGGCGAACUGAGCGAAAAACUACGGGAGGAUGUCAUCAACUACAACUGUCGAUCGCUCGUUGCAUCGGUGCCUUUCUUCGCUAAUGCAGAUUCCAACUUUGUGUCGGAUGUUGUCACGAAGUUGCGAUAUGAAGUCUUCCAGCCUGGUGAUAUUAUCAUAAAAGAAGGAACUAUCGGGAAUAAGAUGUAUUUUAUACAAGAAGGAAUAGUAGACAUCGUCAUGGCAAACGGCGAAGUGGCGACCAGUCUCUCGGACGGGUCCUACUUCGGAGAGAUCUGUCUACUGACGAACGCUAGAAGAGUCGCUUCCGUCCGCGCCGAGACUUACUGCAAUCUAUUUUCAUUAUCCGUGGACCACUUUAACGCAGUGUUAGACCAAUAUCCCCUGAUGCGACGCACGAUGGAGAGCGUCGCCGCGGAGAGAUUGAACAAGAUCGGCAAGAACCCUAACCUCGUGGCGCAUCGGGAAGACGACACGACGUCGGAAGGGAACACGAUAAACGCUGUCGUCAAUGCGCUGGCAGCUGAGGCCGAGCAUGUGAGUCUGUCAGACGACAGCGUGGCGAGGCUGUCGGAGCGGUCCCUGGGAUUGGCGCUGCAGCCUUUGCAGGCCGCGUCGUGCCGUAUGGCGGGCGUAGCGCUGCCCGGGCUCGGCGUAGCGGCAGCUUUGCCUCGACCCAAGUCAGAGCACGACUUCAGCUCGGCGCAGGGGCAGCCGGCUACGCUGUCGGGCACGGCGACCUUCCACAAAUCGGACGCGGGGCUCGCCCCCUGACGCCGCACGCUGACGUAGGCAGCUCGGCCCCCCGAUAGCAAUACUAGGCUUAGAGCGAGCGCGCGACGCCGCUAAGUAGCAUAGACGAGUAUUAGCUGCGACUUCGCCGGGCGAACGCGCCCGCCGAAUCUCAUUUUGUGAUCUUAUACUUAAUUCUCCUGUGUUAUUUAGGUUAAAUUUUAUAUCAUUGACGCUGUGACGAAUACGACGUAUUCCGAUUGUAUAGAUACUGUUAUAUAUUGAAACUAUCGAGUCUUAUAGAGAUACCUUGCCACUAAAAAGAAAAUUAUAUAGACUAGACUGAAAUGUAAAGAUAUCACUAUUUUAUGCUUUGUUAGCGUCGACCAUUGUUGACGGUCGAGGGACGUCUGUGGACGGAGUUUAUCGUUCCCGAUACAGACGAUAACGGAGAUUAUAUUGAAGUUGUUAAAUAUUUAUUAUUACUUUUAACGUUUGAUCUUAGAGACGUGUAGUUGCGGGCACAUUUGCUUUUUUGUCCAAAAACUUUUAGCAUUAUUUGUGCCAUAUCUGUGUAUGUGAAAAAAUAAUUGUUCAAAUACAAAAAUAAUCCAGCUGAGUUAAUGAACUGUAGGUAUAUUACUAACAGGUACAUACUAACAACGAUAGAUUAAUAAUGUAACAAUACAUAGUUCUAAUGAGAACAAUGUUAUAACUAUUAUAAAAUACUGUUAUAUUGUAUAAAAUUUUAUUUUCAUAUCCAAUUUUACCUAACACUUAUACCAUAUUCAUACCGUUAUUCUACUCUUAAAUGAAUUUUCAUUUUAAGGUCAUAUUAUUUAUUAGGUUACAUUUUAGUUAUAAUAGGGCUUAUUAUUAAAUUAUAAUCUAAUGAUUUUCGUUAUUAAUAAAAAAAAAGCAAAUGUGUAAGCAACUUCUUCGUGCGCAAGGCCUAAAACUAAGCGAUCUUCAUAACCAAACACAAUAAAAUGUUUAAAUUAAAACUAGUAUUUCUAAUAGAUUUGUUACUUGGAGAUCGGCUUAUGACUAUUAUAAAAUAUUUAUUGUACUCUAAAAUACCCACAAAAGUAUUUUCGAUUGUCAAUGACCUUUUGACACUUUUGACAAUUCAAUCACGUGAUUUGCCAGUCGCAUAUUAGCAUAUCGCGUCUACGAGAAGUAAGCUUAAAAGGCCCUGCGCACUCAAAAUCGAUGCACAAUUUCGAUUCCGUAAGUCACCAUUGCUUCCUUUGUUACGACACGUAGCCGGUUCGAAUUCUUGGUUUCCCAAGUAGAGUGGAAUCAGUAGCGCUUGAAUUUAUGUAAAUAUUGUAAGUACGAAAAGCCUUUAGCGGUAUUGUUUUAUAGAGGUAUACGGACAGUGGUCCAGUCAAUUAAACCGAGGCGCGGUACAGCGUAAUGAUGCACACUACACUUGGUACCUUAUUUUUAUUGUAGGUAAUUAAUUUAUUAACGAUAGUGAUCAUUUCGUAGGUUUAAGUAGGCCCGAGCGGUAACAAAUUCGGACGAAUUAUGUUGUGAUAGCGCAGCUGGGCUGCGACAUGCUGCCUAAUGUGUAAUAUCAGUACGAUUUUCUUUAAGAUACAUCUGUAUAGCGUUCAAGUAUUACGUAACGAAUUUGGGGGGGGGGGGGGUUAAAACGUUACGAUGCGGGGCGGGGAUUGAAUUACGCGUUAUUGUCAAUGUCACAUGGGCUCCCCCAUGUGACAUUGACAUUAACCAUUGACAUAGGAUUAAUAAUCUCCAAAAAUUGCGUGACGUAAUACUGGAACGCUCCCUAAGUGACUUGAUUCCGUAUGAGCUAUAGCGGCCGAGUUUUGUUGGUAGAAUUUUUCCUAUAUAGCAAUAUUAAAAUAAGUUCACUAGAAUCCGGUGGCAAUGUAGCAUAUACGGAAUUAUGGGCUGCCGUAAAAUUCCAUAAGUGUAAACAGUUGUGGAAAAAAUUUGUAUGAAACUGACAAGUCACGCUUAUCACGAGACCUUUCAUACAAAUCGUUUCCGCACGUAAUUCCAAACGCAGUAUGCACAUUACCAUAACGGUUCAGAUAUCGGAGUAUUGUGGAAUGUCUAAGGAAUGUAAUGAGAUAACUCUUGACGCCGGCUCGGCGAUACACGACACCGUAGCGUAAGACAUAGCUCAAAUGCAUGGAUAAUGCUUUCACUUCUUACUAAGACUUUAAUUCUGCCUUUAUUAGCUAUAUAUUUCCGUCUACAGUAAGCUCUUAGAUAUUUUUGCAACCGCUUAUCGAAAUUUUGAUAGCAAUAGAUUGCAACGAUAUUUUUGGUUAGACUAGAGUAGCCGUUGAGCCGACCGCCGCCGGCGCCGUUUCUUUGGCACGUUUGAUCGUUGAAUUAUACUUAUAGUGUCAUGACAAUUUGUAAAAAAUAAUUUUGCAAUUGUUGACUUUUUAGCCAAAAUAUAGUUAAUGAAUGACGAACCAAUACGCAGUAGCUUACUAGUAGAUGAAUGCAGCCUAGUUCUCAGUUUUGGCGAAUAACACCGUUUGGUACUUUGUACUUGUAAAGUAUUUAUACUAUUGACUUUAGCAGAGUGACGUUCGGUCUAUAUAUCAAGAGUAAAAUAAUUUGUUCGAUUUCCAGAAGCAUUUACUUAUUGUUACUUUCCUAACAUUGAUGCUUUUUGUAAAGUAUAUAAAUUUUAUAGAAGAGAUCUAUUUUUAUUGAAAGUUGAGCUACUGGUUAAAAAACAGAGAAAACUAUAUGAAUCAAAGAGAUUUUUUUUAUCUGGACUGUUGAUUAGUGUAUAAUUAUUAUAAUUAAAUUAUACUGAUUUCUGGUAUCUAUUUUCACCAAAAGUGCUCAUCGCUGUCAAGAAAAUUAGAGAAAAUGCAUUAAAAGAAUGAAGAAAAUCA